CUUUACUGUUAAUACCCGUUCCAUCAUCGCAGUCAAAACGUAGCAGAACACGAGAGAGUUGAUCCUACCGGAAAGUAUCUUUAGCCAGUCAGUCAGUGAGUGAGUAACGUCUACCGGAGGUGUUUUUGUCAGACAGAUGAAACGAAUGGUUCACAGAAUGAGGCGAAUGCCCGUUGCGGAUUCAAGCCGUCGGCUUGGUCGGGUGGGGUACUUAUUGUUGCUUUUGUGCUGGGCAUGCCCGUCGCAACUCGGACAAUCAUUCGUGCUGGAGCCCAGGAAGUCGAAGCGACGCGUUUCGAUUCUUUCGAGUCCACUAUCCCAAACAUUCGUGUCGACAACAUCAGCAAUCUUGAUGUUCUGACGACGGAAGCUCCACCGACAUCCUGUACUCGCCUCGCUAAUGCUGCGGAUGACUCCGACACUCGCCCCGGUGACGAAGGUUCGUCAUUGGCUGGCCAAGUUGGCAGUGGUCCCAACUGGAUCGAGCGUUCCUUUCCGGUGGACGUCUUGGGUACGUCCAACGUCGAUCCCAAGAAGGUGGACGACUACAAUCUGGGAAUUUGUGGACAAUCCUACCAAGUUGGACCACUCGGGGCACGCAUGUACGAGGCCAUCACUCGCAACGUCAAUAGCUCCGUCCAACUGGCCACACCCGAAAUCACCAAGGCGUAUAAAGUCUACGCCAUGGACUUUACAGCGAAGGAAGCCGUCCGGGCGGCGUUGAAACAGAACGGUCUCGAAAUGGUCCUCACCGAAGAAGAAGAGGAUGAAGGCAUGUGGGCUGAUAUUGAUUCCAUUCGCUUGCUUACCACCAAUGAGGACGGUAGUGUGACAGUGACUGGUCCGCUCUACGAUUCUUGGCAAGAUGCGGUGGACGUCUGGAAGCCGGGACAGGCUUUCCACUUUGUCGCCCGCCAAGUCCCGGCCAAGAUGCGGGAAUUGGAAUUGGACGAGCUUUUGCAAGCAUUGGAUCCGAAAGGAGAACUACGCGCCCAAGCUAAAGAAGCCGGUAUGGCCUUGCCGGGUGAAGACAUUGAUAGUCUAGCCGUCUUGGCCAGUGACAAUGUCCGACGAGUCGAAACGGCGCCUCGGGACGCCGUACCGGUAGCGGACGCCUACGCCGGCACGGACGAAAAACGCGGUUACCGGGUUGUGUACGCCAGUGAUCUAUUACAGGAUUCCAUGAACGCCGAUGGCACGGAACAGCGGAAAACUCUCAUGCACGUGAUGGAAGCCUUGGUCGCGCAUGGUUGUGUAAUCGUGGAUUUGACGGACGGUGGACUGGCUCUGCAAAAAGCCUUUGAGAUGGCCCAAAUGUGGGAUACGGCACAAACUUUCUUCGGACAGCCCGAUAAAACAUCUUUACCGGGUAUGGAAACGGUCCAAGAAACGGGCUCAACGCACGCCAAGGCGGGUUACGCUUCGUACGAUGACGGCAAUUUGCAGUUUCUCGAAACGCGGUACGACCGGGAAGGAAAUCUACUUCCGGAAGGGGCGCGAGCACUACUGGGACCCCAGGGCUGCGCGGCUUUGCGAAAGGCUUUUCACAUUGUCACGAAUGUAGCCAAGGACGUAACUCGUAUUGCGGUCUCGGCGUCGUCUGUCGAAUACCAAGCAUUGGAUGGCGUCGCGGCGUCCGCAGCCGCUAUCCAGCUUACCGACGAACUGUUGGACGACGGUGAACCAUUGACGGCGAAUAUUCCGCACUCUGAAGGAUCCGUCAGUAUGAGUCCACAUCGAUUGUGCCGCUAUUCCAACAAUGGCAGCAAUAGCAAGGAAAAAUCGGACGACCAAUCGGAUACGGUCGAUGCGAAAACGAAAGAAGUGUUCGGUGCACACACCGAUUCCACCUUUGUUACGGCCGUGCCGGUCGCCGCCGUCGCCGGCUUGGAAGUGUACGAUGAAGACGCCGAGCAAUGGUACCGCCCCGAAUUAGCCGCACUCCGGCACUGGCAAGGCUUGCAAAAGGGCUUGGGUUUGGACGUGAACGAGCUCGUGGAAACGAUUGAUGGCCAACAGUUACCUUGGUUCGCCCGCUACGUAGUCCUAAUGCCAGGCGAACUGCUACAGAUCGCCACUCGCAACGAAAUUUUGGCAGCCGUGCAUCGCGUGGUGGCGACCGAGGAGACCUCCAGUCGGUUGAGCGCUCCUAUCUUGUUGCGGGGACGACCGGGCACCACCUGGGACGUAUCGCGGUAUCUCGGCGGUGCUUUAGAUAAUCCGCUGCUAGAGGAGAUUGACGGCAUGACGAUAGAACAAAUACACGACGCGAUGCAACCGAAAUCAUCGUCGUUCGAAUAAAAUAUCAAAGCUACG